CUCUGGUGUUCGUCGAAGGGUUUUACUGAAUUUUUUUCCUGCAGGUUGAUGGCGGGAAAUCACCUUCCAAUGCAUACACCUUUAUUUGUUUGCUUCUUUUGGUCACACUUUGAAAAUUUGCUACUUUUGGUCACACUUUUAACAUUUGCUUGGUAGCACUUUUUCGGGAGUUGCUCUUUGGUAACACGUUUUCUUUGCCUGCUCCUUGGUAGCACUUUUCCUUGGGUUGUUCCUUGGUAACACUUUUUCAUUGGUUGCUUCUUGGUAGCACUUUUUCUUGGGUUGCUCUUUGGUAACACUGUUUCUUUGGUUGCUUCUUGGUAACUAUUUUUCUUUGGUUGCUUUUUGGUAGCACCUUUUCUUGGGUUGCUCCUGGGAAACACUUUUUCUUUAGUUGCUCUUUGGUAACACUAUUUCUUUGCCUGCUCUUGGCUACACUUUUCGCUCUAAUAAUUUUGGCUAAACUUUUUUAAUUUGCUGCUUGUGGUCGCACCUUUUCUUGACCGCCCUUUGGCUACACUUUUUCUUCUGUCACACUUUUCUCAUUCGUUUGGUUGUGUAUUCCCUUUGCGCACUUUACUGUUCCGCCGGUUAACGUGUUGGACAGUGAAUGAGUGAGACAUUCGCGCGCGUUUUUCCGUUGUCUUAUUUUAUUGCUGUUUCUUUCGUGUUUUUUUUUUAAUGAAAAAUGUAUAUCUUUCCCGGUUUCGAUAAUUUUUCGGCUGGCGGCAGCAUCCAACCCCACAACGCGACUGAGCAGCCCCCCGGCGGCGGCGACCGAGCGAAGUCAAAGUCAACGACAACGUCAACGGCAACGGCAACGGCAGCAGCGGUAGCGGUAGAGGUGGCGGCAGAGACGCUUUGUCACCUCAGUGCGGCUGUGGCUGCGGCAGCGUGUGUCGUUCUCCAAGUGCCUUUGCCCAAACAACAUGAGGAGGAGCCACUGUACAAGCUGGAUGGGGAUUCUGGCGCUGUUCGGCCUCCUGCCGUACUCCAAGCAGCAUUGCUAUAGCAUGAAGCUGGUGAGUGUCCGGACGUGGGAUACACCCAAUUAUGGCCUGAAGAUCAACAUGUUCGAGAGGAACAACUCGAUGGCGUCGGUGACGACGGUGCGCCAGGAUGUGGCCAUUCCGCUGUGGCAUCUGGUGCUCCUGCAGCAGCCCCGCAAACGGAACGGCGGCGGCUCGCCGUCGCGUACCGAACUGCCGCGUACCCUGUACAAUUCGACGACAAAGACAUGCGACUUCUGGAAGUACAUGCGGCAUGUGUCCGCCUGGAAUAAUGUCGCAAAGCUGAUGCUCUCGAAGGGGGCCAGCAACAUGAGUCUCGCCUGUCCGCUGAAGGUCGGCGUCUACAUGAUGAACCGGAUCCAGGUGCCCCCCGAUACGGCCCUGCUGAAGUUUAUGUAUCAUCCGAAUACCCUCUACACGCUCGAGGGCACCGUCUAUGGCCAGAGCCCCAAAGAUGGUGCGACGAGGCGGUUUCUCUGCAAGUAUGAGGUCAAUGCAACCAUUUUCAAGUCCUGCUAAAGGCACCAAGCACUUUGCUCCUUUGCUCCUUUGCUCCUUUGCUCUGUUUUUUUUUUUUUUGUUUUUUCUAGUUGUAACAAAUAAAAGUGCCCAUUUUUCCACCAUCUCCCGCUCUCUCUCUGUGUGUGUUGCACGAGUGCAAUUUUUAAUUAAGUGCGAAAGGAAA